CUCACACCCUCGACUAUCUGUCUCUCUCUCUCUCUACAGAUCCAUUUCAAAUACAGCUUGGAUGGGGGCUGAGGACGAGCAGGUGGAGAAGACGACACUAAUAUUCACCUAUGGAACCCUCAAGCAUGGUUUCUCCAACCACAGCCUCAUACAGGACAUGGUUGCCACCGGAGACGUUUCAUACCUCGGCGUCUAUCGGACCCUUGAGAAGUUACCAUUGGUCUGUGGUCCCUACAGGGUGCCUUUCUUGCUCAACUUCCCUGGUUCAGGCGACCGAGUUUGGGGCGAGUUGUAUGCCGUGUCGACUCGGGCGCUGGUUCGCAUGGACGAGUUGGAAGGCACGAGCCGAGGCCAUUACGAGAGAUUGCCAAUCAAAGUUGAGUCCGGCGAGGGGGAGGCGGAGGCGGAGGCGUAUUACGCGCACAGGAGUUAUGCGGUGGAGAUGUGGAAGAGGAAUGGAGAGAAAGGGUACAGUAACUACUCCGAGAAAGAGGCCAAAGGAUACGUAAAGCGGAUGGAUAGACCUCAGCAUCUCAGUUUCUUGGAUCAGAUUCGAAUCUUCGUGUCGUCGUCGUCGUCGUCCGAUCCUCAUCCUCCGCCAGAUAAUUGAGGGACUGAUUCUUCAUCUUCAGUUUUCAUUAAUAUAAUAUAAUAAAUCUAGGAUGAGAAUCUCCUUUUUAUUAUGUUACGUAGAUAUAGAUAGAUUCUCUAAUCACUUAUUAUUAGGAUAACUACUUUAAUAAUUUGUGUCAGGGAAAAUUCUUUCACGGGGAAUAUUUUCAUUUUUUUUUGUUAGUAUUUUUUGAUUCAAAGAUUAAAAAUGUCUGAGGUAAUUGAUGCGCAUCUCAAUUACCAACUUGACAGAGAAUAUCAAUCACAUAUAUG